CACACACACACAAAAAGGGCGUGCUGUCGCGAGAGCAGCGUGUCGGGUUCACAGCACUGGAUUGAAGGCUGGAUUGUGCGCCUCUCCUCUCCGUCGUUAUUUUUACCGGGACAGCACGAGACUGGAACGGGACACUAACGGGACCCGAGAUCUGAUCAAACACGUCAUAGAGUGAGAGCAGAGAAGAGAUAUUAGGCUGAACAGAAGUAAAGGACUGUGGAAAGACUAAAGACACCUGCCAGGCGAGAGACUUACCAGAAAGAGACCAAAGCUCUCCAUCGCUCUGUCUACCUAUUCUCUUUCUCUCUCUAAUGGGAGUAACUUAGAACACGUUGCUCCAUCUCAUUCCCCUGUCCCUCCCUGGUGAUGGGAGCGCCCAGCAGGAUGUGAUGUCGUGGAAGAGGAACUACUUUGCGUCAGGCGGUGGCAGCGGAGGUCCUGGUGGAGGGCUACAGGGACUGAUCACGACCCCUCGGACUAUGGCCUCCUUCGCCCCGAGUAAAGGCCUUAGCAACGAACCUGGACAGAACAGCUGCUUCCUAAACAGUGCUCUGCAGGUCCUGUGGCAUCUGGAUAUCUUCCGUAGGAGUUUCCGCCAGCUGACCACCCACAAGUGUAUGGAAGACUCCUGUAUCUUCUGUGCCCUCAAGAGUAUCUUUGCCCAGUUCCAGUUCAGCAGUGAGCGUGUGUUACCGUCCGACAUGUUGCGGAGCGCACUAGCCAAGACCUUUCAGGACGAACAACGCUUCCAGCUGGGGAUCAUGGACGACGCAGCAGAAUGCUUUGAGAACCUGCUGAUGCGUAUCCAUUUCCACAUCAGUGCAGAGACCAGAGAGGACAUCUGUACAGCUAAACACUGUAUACCACACCAGAAGUUUGCCAUGACGCUGUUCGAACAGUGUGUGUGCAGUAGUUGUGGAGCCUCGUCGGACCCCCUUCCCUUCAUUCAGAUGGUUCACUACAUCUCUACCACGUCCCUCUGUAACCAGGCGGUGAGGAUGUUAGAGUGUAGAGAGAAGCCCACCCCCAACAUGUUUGGAGAGCUGCUCCGCAACGCCAGCAACAUGGGUGACCUACGCAACUGCCCGAGUAACUGUGGGGAGGUGUUGCGUAUCCGCUGUGUGUUGAUGAACUCUCCAGAGAUAGUGUCCAUCGGCCUGGUGUGGGACUCAGACCACUCUGACCUGGCUGAGGACGUCAUUCACAGCCUGGGCACCUGUCUACACCUGGGGGAUUUGUUCUACCGUGUGACAGAGGAGAGAGCUCGUCAGGCUGAGCUGUACCUGGUUGGUAUGGUGUGUUACUAUGGCAAACACUAUUCCACAUUCUUCUUCCAGACUAAGAUACGGAAGUGGAUGUACUUCGACGACGCUCAUGUCAAAGAGAUCGGUCCUAAGUGGAAGGACGUGGUGGCGCGCUGUAUAAAGGGUCACUACCAGCCUCUAUUGCUGCUCUAUGCUGACCCCCGAGGGACACCGGUGGUAUCGCAGGACAUCUCCUCCCUGUCUAACCCCCAGCUGGACCUGCUGCACUGCAGCAAGGCAGGAUAUGAGAGCGAGGACUCUGGACGGGAGCCCUCCAUAUGCAGUGAUGCCCGUACAGAUUCCUCUGACAGCUCCAGCCACCGAGACUCUCGAAAUCGCCCUCUCCGCCAGCCAACAGGCAGCCACCUGUCCAACAAAACGCAGACCGUCGUUGUCAGUAACCAUGACAACAGUGCAGUUGCAGCAGCAGAGACCACCCUCUGCCCCCCCUCCCCUCCCCUGCAGCAGGGUGACUAUAAAGAGACAGCUGUGUUCCUCCUUUCCUCUCGUCGCCCCACGUCAUCUUGCUCUUCCUCCCAUCCUCUCUCCUCAUGUUCCUUCCAUCCCCCCUCCUCUACCUGUACCCCCUAUCCUGUCUCCUCCUCCUGCUCUUCCUCCCGUCCCAUGUCCUCUUCCUCCUCCUCGGGGAUAGGGGGGUCUGUACUGGGAUCUGAGGCAGGGGCCGUGGGGCCACACUGGGAGGAUGAGAGCACCAGCAGUGAGUCCAAGUCUAGUUCGCCUGGGGGUCGAAGUUACCGGCCGGCCUGGAGGCCACGGAGGGAAGCCCUGAACAUCGACAGCAUCUUCACCUGCCAGAGAGGCUCUCCGCUGGGCUACAGCACCCUGCCUGGGCCCCCUCUACCUUCUGAGUUUCAACAACACUGUCCAACUAACACGGCUGAUCUGCAGGGGGCAAGAGAGAGGGCCAGGGGUGUAGGUGGUGUGGGGGGAGAUACGGAGGGGGUGACAGGGAUGCCUGGGUUGCUAGGCAACGGUGCGGACUGCCCCCCUCCUCCCCCGUUGAGAGGGGCGGAGUCUCAGCCUCGUCUGAUCCAGAGGAUGGAGAGUGGUUAUGAGAGCAGCCCUGACAGGGAGGUAGGUCAGAAGCGUGUGUUGAUGUCUGGUCCAUCGUGGCGCACAGUGCCCAAGUCUAAGAGCACUAGUGCCAUCCUGCAGGAGCUGCCAGCACCUCGCUGGGGCUGCAACAACAACCUGGACGCUGGCCGUAGCGAGCUGGAUGAGCUUCAGGAGGAGGUGGUGAGGAGAGCGAGGCAGCAGGAGCAGCAGAGGAGGAAGGAGUCGGAGAGAGAAGCUGCCGUGGGAUUUAACCCCAGACCCUCAAAAUACAUGGACUUAGAUCAGCUACAACACCAAGCUGUGCUCAGUCCCCUGCAUGAGGCUAAUUCCCGUAGUGCAUUGACUGUAGCUGCGUGCAUGGGGAGCACUGCGGAGCCAAUAACACAGGAACAGGAUAUGGAGCAGGAAACAGGAAGCGCCAGUCCACAGGGACAUCGCAGGUACCAUAACUGUCCCCUGUGUGUCCCCAAAACCUACACAGGACCCCCCUGUGUGUGUCCCAGCUCUGCUUGUCCAAAAACCACCCCAGGACCCCUCUGUGUGUGUGCCAGCUCUGCUUGUCCAAAAACCACCCCAGGACCCCUCUGUGUGUGUGCCAGCUCUGCUUGUCCAAAACCUCCUCUGUGUGUAGUGCAGUAGAGUAGACAGUGUCUGUAUCUGUCUGUGUUGGUCAGUGCUGAUCUUGACUGGUUUGUACUAGUACUUGAUGGUGAGAUAUCUGUGAGGGGCUGGUGCUGGGUUGGAUGGCAGGUAUCCUGCUAUAUCUCAUGUAUUCUCUAUUCUCUUCCUCCUCUCCUCUAUUCAUC